UCAUUUCAAAAUGACCAUGGAACUUCUACGUAGUCAAUGAACCAACCCUACUAUAAGUUUAACAGCAACUAUUGACGAUUUUCAUUUCAUCUUUGCAGUUUGAUUAAAUGGUCUGAACAUGUUUAGGUAUUGUUGCAUCUUUCUCGCUGUUCAUUGUGUUUUAGGUGGUAACCUGAUUGAGGUACUCAAAUUUAAUGACGCAUCAAGACUGAUCCAGUAUGCGACAGCCUGUGGAUUAGCUGAUACCAUAUUAGGAGGAACAUACACAAUCUUUGCACCAACAAAUGCAGCAUUUGACGCUCUUGGAACAGAACAAGAACUUCUUUCUGAUAAAACUGUUCUUACCGCCAUAUUGUUAUAUCACCUGACAAAUAAAGUUAUACGGAAAUAUGAUGUGCAGGAUGAGCAAACAGUAGAAUCGGUUGCUGGAAUGAAAUUAAGAUUAAAUAAAUACAGUCAUAACAAUGCAGUCACAGUUGAAGGUGCCAAAAUUUCUAAAUUUUUCUAUGACCUGGAUGCUUCGAAUGGAAUCGUCCAAGUUAUUGACAAAGUUAUGAUUCCACCUACCGGAGGAAUUACCGAUCUCGUAUCAGGGAACAAAGAUCUAAGCACUUUAUUGUCAUUAUUCCAGAAAGCAAGUAUUGCAGGACUUAUUCAAAGUGAUCCUUUAACACUAUUUGCACCAACUAAUGCUGCAUUUUCAAGGUUAUCAGCAAAUAUUACAAGCAGAUUAAAUAGUGAUAAUCAACUACUUAUAGAUGUCUUGGAAUAUCAUUUAGUAGCACAUACAGAAUAUUCAUCUGGUUUUUAUAACCGAUGCUCUCGAAUAACGUUACUUCGAUCGGAAUAUAUUACACUAAAUGUGUCAGAUACAGGAAUUGUAGUAAACUCAAAUGCAAACGUAACAAAAAAAGAUAUUCCAGCUACAAAUGGUAUAGUUCAUGUGAUUGAUCAUGUGCUUAUUCCACGCAAACACAGGACUACAUACUUUAAACUGACUAAAAUGUUAAAGUAUUUUGGUCUACUGUUUGUAGUAGGCAGCGUCUGUUGUGGCAAUCUUGUUGAAGUGUUACAAGCUGAUGGAGAGAGUAAACUCAUAAAAUACGUCACAGCUGCUGGACUGGCCCCUGCUAUACUUGGAGGAACUUACACAAUCUUUGCCCCGACUGAUGCUGCGUUUGACGCCAUCGGAACUGAAGCAGAACUUCUAAAGGACACAACAGCUUUAGCAACUAUUCUUAAGUAUCAUGUAGUGAAAGGUACAAUUCCAAGCUCAGCAGCCAAGAACGAACUUCAGUUAGAAACACUUGCAGGAGCAAAAAUAAGAUUCAACAUUUACUCACAUAAUAAUGCCGUAACCGUUGAAGGUUCCAAAAUAACAAAAUUUGACCUUUCUGCAUCCAAUGGAGUAGUUCAUGUCAUCAACAAGGUUAUGAUGCCCCCAACCGGAGACAUAGUAGACCUGGUUCUCGGUAACAACGAUCUCAGCACAUUGUUGACUCAGGUUCAAAAUGCUGGUCUUGUUAAUGCAUUGAAAGGUGAUGCACUGACAGUAUUUGCACCAACGAAUGCUGCCUUUGCUAGUCUUGGUCCAUCACUUCUUGCAAAAUUAGCAUCAAAUAAAGAUCUUCUUACAGAAAUACUAGAAUACCAUGUAGUACCUCAUACAGAAUACUCAGAAGGUCUGUACAACAGAGAAACCUUACGAACGAUUGACAGACACCAUGACCGUAUCCGAAUUCACACUAGAAGUGAUGGAAGCGUCGUUGUGAAUUCAUCAAAAGUGACAAAGGCGGACAUUUCUGCAACAAAUGGUGUCGUCCAUGUUAUAGACCAUGUACUUAUUCCUUUCAGAUACAGACUUCAAUUUGGAUUUGGAAAGUAGAUAAACCAAAUUUAUUGAUUUCGUCACUAUUUAGGGAUAGUUGCGAAUUAUAAAUGUAUUGUUCAGACUGUUUUUAAAUUUAGAAGCAACAAAUUUAUAGUAUUCAUUCUUGUUGCUAUGUUUCAUUGUUAUAAAUAAAUAGAUACACACUUG